AUGACUGCAAGAAGUAUUGUCCUCCAGAAUGCAAAAAAAACGUCUCUCCAGCUUGUCUUCUUGUUCUCCCUCACAAUCAUAUUAUUUUGUUCAUCUUUCGGUGAUGCGAGAGAGAUGGUGAAAGAAGUGAAUUGCCUCGGUGGUAAUUGCUUGCCGCAAGUAGCACCUAUAAUGGACACUAGUGAGACUAAUGCGUCUUGCCGUAGAGACAACGACUGCAGCCAGUACUGUCCUAAGGGCUGCAAGAUUGUUAACUGUAAUUUUGGAACCUGUUUCUGUGAGUGUUAA